AUGAUAGCGACGGGAAAGAAAAAGAAGAAUCCGAGGAAGAUGAAGAUGAAGAGGACGCAGAAAGUGGUGAGGAAGAAGAAAGUGGAGAGGAAGAAGAAGAUAACAGUGUAUCAAGCAACGAUGACAACAACGCAUCUAACACUUGCUAUCGACCACCGAAGCCUGGCAAGUGCUGUCGACCACAGGUGUCUAAUACCUGCUUUGUACCAAAAGUCCCUAAACCUUGCUGUCGACCGAAACCGUCUGAUAGCUGCUUUCCACCAAAGGACUCCUGCUGUCAACCAAAGGAGCCUGACAACUGCUGUCAACCAAAGGCGCCUGUUAGCUGCUGGCAACCAAGAACGAUGCCUGAUAAUAGCUGUAAACCAAAGCCACCUGAACCCUGCUGUCAACCAAAGAUAUCUGACAGCUGCUGCAAGCCACGGGUACCUGACAGCUGCUGUAAGCCGCGGCCGCCGGAUCCCUGCCUUCCACCGAAAGUACCUGAGACUUGCUGUGGACCAAAGGAGCCUGACAUCUGUCUUCGACCACAACCGUCCGAAAACUGCUGUCAACAAGAGGUGUCAGACAUCGACUAUUACGCUCCAUGCGAGGGACAACCACAGCCAACCCCUCCUUGUAAAUUUAUAUGCUUUAUUUCUAAUGACGCCAGAGGUCACCUUUAUAGCGCUAACAUUAUGCUCUGCGUCAGUUCGUGCGAACUGGCCGGAUCCCCAAACUGAUCCAUUGGUGUUCAUCGCAAACCCAGUAGAAGCCGGAGUACCCAGCCACUGGGUCCCUGCAAGUAUCCUCAAAAUGAUCCUUAAAAAGGCCUCAACCGCAGGACCUGACUUCAACUUGCUAUUUACAAAUAAACCAAAAAACUGGAAAAAGUCACCGCAACAGAAAAAAAAACCACCGAAUCAAAAGCCGAAAAAGGAAGAUCCAAAACCAGUUAGCGAAUCAACGGAUUUUAGUGAAGAAGAAAAUACUGAAUCUGAAUCGGAAGAAUCCCAGCAAGAAGAAUCUGAAGAAGACGAAGAAUUUGAAGAAGAGGAAUCUGAAGAAGAAGAAGAGGAGGAGGAAGACGAAGAAGAGGCUGAGGAAGAAGAGGAGGAGGAGGAAGAGGAAGAAGAGGAAGAAGAGGAGGAAGAGGAGGAAGAGGAGGAAGAGGAGGAAGAGGAGGAAGAGAAAGAAGAGGAGGAAGAUGAAGAGGAAGAAGAAGAGGAAGAAGAACAGGAAGAAGAGGAAGAAGAGGAGGAAGAAGAAGAGGAAGAAGAAGAGGAAGAAGAGGAGGAAGAGAAAGAUGAAGAGAAAGAAGAGGCAACAGAGGAAAUAAAUGAAAAUGAUGAAGAUGAGGAAGAGGAUAAAAAAAGAGUAAACGAAAAUCAGGUAGAAGACGAAUCAGACGAAGAGGGUGAACAAGAAAUAGACGUGGAGGGAGAAGAGGAAACAGAGAAAGAAGAAGAAAAGGAAACAUACGAAGAGGAGACACAAGAAGAGGAAGAGGAUCAACAAGUAACAUACGAAGUGGGAGAGCACGAAACUGACGAAUUGGAUGAAGAGAAUGCAGAGGAAGAAGACGAAGAAGUGGAAGAGGGUCCUGAAGAGGAGGAAGAGCAAGCAGGGGAAGAAGAUGAAGGUGAAGAAGUCGAAGAAGAGGCAGAGGAAGAAGACGAAGAAGAGUUAGAGGAGGACAAAGAGGAGGAUGAGCAAGAAGGGGAAGAAGAUGAAUUUGAAGAAGUCGAAGAAGAAGAAGUGCUGGAUGAAGAGGAGGAAGAGUUAGAAGAGAUGGAAGAGGAUGCGGAGGAAGAAGACGAAGAAGAGUUAGAGGAGGAUGAGCAAGAAGGGGAAGAAGAUGAAUUUGAAGAAGUCGAAGAAGAAGUAGUGCAGGAUGAAGAGGAGGAAGAGUUAGAAGAGAUGGAAGAGGAUGCGGAGGAAGAAGACGAAGAAGAGUUAGAGGAGGAUGAGCAAGAAGGGGAAGAAGAUGAAUUUGAAGAAGUCGAAGAAGAGGAAGUGCUGGAUGAAGAAGAGGAAGAGUUAGAAGAGGUAGAAGAGAAUGCGGAGGAAGAAGACGAAGAAGAGUUAGAGGAGGACAAAGAGGAGGAUGAGCAAGAAGGGGAAGAAGAUGAAUUUGAAGAAGUCGAAGAAGAGGAAGUACUGGAUGAAGAGGAGGAAGAGUUAGAAGAGAUGGAAGAGGAUGCGGAGGAAGAAGACGAAGAAGAGUUAGAGGAGCACGAAGAGAAGGAUGAGCAAGAAGGGGAAGAAGAUGAAUUUGAAGAAGUCGAAGAAGAGGAAGUGGGGCAUGAAAAGGAGGAAGAGCAAGGGCAGGAAGAAGGUGAAGACGAAGAAUACGAAGAAGAAGAGGAAGAUGGUAAAGAAGAAACGAAGCAACCUGAGGCGUCUAACGUUCUACCCACGCGCCCUGUAAUGCCAGAUGUCACCAUAAUAAUGCUAACGUUAUGCUCUGUGAAAAUCGCCCACUCAAGCAAAUGGCCAAAUCGAACUAAACUCUCUCAAGCAGGCAGCAACCAUUGGCCAGACCCUGAAAAUGACCCAUUGAUGUAUGUCGCGAACCCAGUAGAAGCCGAUUUACCUGGACACUGGCUUCCACUGAGUGUGCUCAAAGCUGUUCUAGAGAAAGGUACUACACUUCCACCUAAGGAAGAACGUGCUGUAUUUAAAAAAACACAUACCGUAAAGCCACCACAAAACAACAAAACUCAACAGAAAAAAGAAACAGAAGAAUCUAGUGUAAACACAGAAGUAGAAACCGUAGAGGAAUCUAGUGAGGAAACCGAGGCAACACAGGAGGCAACUGGUGAAAGCUCAGAGGAGGCAAGCGAGAACAGUUCUGAAAGAGAGACGACGCAAGAAAAAACAACGCAAGAAGAGUCGGAGCAAGAGGAAAACACGAACGAAGAAUCAGAGCAUGAGCACCCAACGAAAGAGGAUUCAGAGCCACAGGAAUCAACAAAAGAGGAGUCAGAUCUAGAGGAAUCAACAAAAGAGGAAUCAAACCCAGUGGAAUCAACAAAAGAACAUUCAGACCCAGUGGAAUCAACAAAAGAACAUUCAGACCCAGUGGAAUCAACAAAAGAACAUUCAGACCAAGUGGAAUCAACAAAAGAGGAGUCAGAGCCAGAGGAAUCAACAAAAGAGGAGUCAGAGCCAGAGGAAUCACCGAAAGAAGAGUCACAUCAAGAACCAGAGAUAGAAACAACGACAUUUAAAGACUUAGAUCCAAUUAAAACUGACGUGGAAACACUUAAGGGUGCAUUAGAUGGUCCUGCGAAUAUGGCUCCAAAACGCAAGAAAAAGCCGGUGGCCAGUAUGAAGACAGUCUUGAGAAAACUGCUGAAGAACCAAGUGAAGAAUCAGAUGUAUCAGAGUCGACUGAGGCAACUAGUGAAAGCGCGGAAUCGUCGAGUCGACAAGAAUCUGAACAAACAGAGACUACGCAAGAGGAGACUACAAAAGAAGAUACUGCAGAGGAGGAGACAACAAAAGAAGAUACUGCAGAGGAGGAGACAACAAAAGAAGAUACUACAGAGGAGGAGACAACUAAAGAGGGUACUGCAGAGGAGGAGACAACAGAAGAGGGUACUGCAGAGGAGGAGACAACAGAAGAGGGUACUGCAGAGGAGGAGACAACAAAAGAGGGUACUGCAGAGGAGGAGACAACAGAAGAGGGUACUGCAGAGGAGGAGACAACAAAAGAGGCAACCCAAGAGGAGGCUACCAAAGAGGAGACUACAAAAGAGGAGACAACCCAAGAGGAGGCUACCAAAGAGGAAACAACCCAAGAGGAGACUGCUCAAGAAAAAGAAGAGACGCAAGAGGAAUCGCAUCAUGAAUCCGUGCAAGAAGGGCCGGCAACAGAAAACCCUCCAGAUGGGCCAACUAAGAAGAAGAAAAAGAAGAUUCGCCAGGAAGAUUUUAUUUAGGUAAAAGGCUAUGCCUUCGAGACGUUCAAACAUACUUUUUUAACUCAUGUUAAUUAUAAGAUUUACCUAAUAUACACACCUAGUUUAAAAGUUUGGUUGUAAUUCUGUUAUUUGUCCAUUUUGCUUGAUUAUGCAGUUACACGUUACUCGUUUAAGUCGGGUACUUAUAAGAGACUAUAUUUCAUCGCCUUUAUCUGUCUGUCACACAUUAUUAAGUAAAUUCUUUAAGUUAUGUAUUCCUAACUAUCAACAUUGAACAAGCGCAAAUUUUCAAUCUCGAAACCGGGUGCAAUUUCGGCUUAGUAGUCGAUUCGCCUGAUUCAAUCGAACCCGCAAUUACUUGGAAUAUUCUCAAUAUUCCUUAUCUAUGUAGUUUUAAGUUUAUUCGUUGAAAACAAUAAUUAAACAAAAGAGUGAGUUCUUUUUUUUCCUGACACUUGGUUCAAGGUUCAAACAAGCAGUCUUGUCAAAACAUGUCUCUACACGUCUUGCCAAUCAUAGGGGCAGCACCCAGUCUGCAGACCAAGGUAUUUCUUAUCUCUAGCCUUUAAUUAAUCCAUAAGCCCGUUUGCUUUGUUAUACGUAUACAAUACAAUCGAAAAAAAAUGCUGUUUUGUUAACUCUUUGUGUAUUACACGGUUGAAACUAAAACAACAAAGUAGGAGAUACGAUAUUCCGAGAUAGGUAGCUAAGCAAAACCAUGGUCAGUUGACUCAGUUGUAAUUUUCUUACAACUGAGUCCUACAUCUAAUAGAAAACAUCCUC